UAAUGUAUGUGCCUGGCACAGAGUAAGCGCUUUGCUUGUUAAACUGCCCGCGGGUCACAGCGAGCAAACUGGGGGAGCGCCCAGGGACAGUAGAUGGAGUGAGUGCAGGCCCGCGUCCUUUUAAGAAGCGGCUCCAUUUCUUCCUCGCAUGUCAAUGUGUGCGUGUCAUCAGUUGUUCGAGGAAGCUCGCGCAUGACGCGACACUUGCCGUCUGGGCUCUCCAGGUUCGGCGUGGCCCGUUCACAGCCCAGAUCUUCGGCAUCCCAGAGACGCAGCCCGGCGCCCGGCCCGGCCCUCCGCAGAGCCCCACUUCAGGCCGCGCCGUUUCCUUGACCUUCCCCCGGUGGGGUCUGAAGCGUCACGGCCCGUCUAGAGCGGAGUCACGCAGGCCCCUGCCCGGCCCGGUGAGGUCGGCGCCGCGCUCGGGAGAGUCGGUUCCUUCCGAUUCAGACCCAUCUGGCUGCAGAUGGAACCAUCAUUUGUGUUCCGUAAUGACCGGCUUGCAAGGUAGCAAAGGGAAACAAAUGUCUGGUUUUCAGCCUCUCCCCGCCACCUUGAAAUAAAACCGGCAAAAAUAAAAAGAGCAUUCUGGGAAGUACUUCAUCAUUUCAACGCUCACGAAUUCAAAACAUAAACAAAGGGUUCCCGGGGUCCGGGCCAGGGGCGCGGGGCGCGCGGCGGGCCCGGGGCAGGUGAGCGCAGGUGCGCGCCCGCCCCCCACCCCGGGUACCCCCGGCUCCCUCCCCACCCGCUCCCCGCUCCCCGCUCCCCUUUCCCUUCCCCGCCCGCUCCCCGCCGCCGCCGCCGCCCCGCGCACGGCCUGGAGCGGAGGCUGCGCAGGGCGCGGGGCGGCGCGGGCCGGGCGCGGGCCGGGCGGACGACCGCGUCUUUCUUCUCCUGGCGGUGAUGUCAUUGGGCGACGGCGGCCGAGGCCGGGGGGCGGCGGCGGGGGCGGCGGCGGGGGCGGCGGCGGGCGCCCGCAGGUUCCCGAGCCGCUCCUGAGAAAGCGCCUGACAGCGGGCCGGGGCGCACGGAGGAGCGGGCCGGGCCGGACCUGCUGGGCCGCGCCGAGCCAAUCGCCGGCGCCGGCCGCUCCAUGGGCGAGGAGGCGGCGGCGGCGGGGGCGGUGGGGGCCGCGGGCCGGGCCGCCGCUCCGAGGUGAAAGCGCGCGCCCCUCCCCGCCUGCCUCCCGGGCCGCAGCGAUGAAUUCCGCGGAGCAGACCGUUACGUGGCUCAUCACCCUGGGGGUGCUGGAGUCGCCCAAAAAAACCAUCUCGGACCCGGAGGGCUUUCUGCAGGCGUCGCUGAAGGAUGGGGUGGUUCUCUGCAGGCUGCUGGAGCGCCUGCUCCCCGGGACCAUCGAGAAAGUCUACCCGGAGCCGCGGAGCGAGAGCGAGUGCCUGAGCAACAUCCGCGAGUUCCUGCGUGGCUGCGGGGCUUCCCUGCGCCUGGAGGACAUGACCGAUAAUAGCAACAAUCAACUGGUAGUAAGAGCAAAGUUUAACUUCCAGCAGACCAAUGAGGACGAGCUUUCCUUCUCAAAAGGAGACGUCAUCCAUGUCACCCGUGUGGAAGAGGGAGGCUGGUGGGAGGGCACACUCAACGGCCGGACCGGCUGGUUCCCCAGCAACUACGUGCGCGAGGUCAAGGCCAGCGAGAAGCCUCUGUCUCCCAAAUCAGGAACGCUGAAGAGCCCUCCCAAAGGAUUUGAUACGACCGCCAUAAACAAAAGCUAUUACAAUGUGGUGCUACAGAAUAUUUUAGAAACAGAAAAUGAAUAUUCUAAAGAACUUCAGACUGUGCUUUCAACCUACCUACGGCCAUUGCAGACCAGUGAGAAGUUAAGUUCAGCAAACAUUUCAUAUUUAAUGGGAAAUCUAGAAGAAAUAUGUUCUUUCCAGCAAAUGCUCGUACAGUCUUUAGAAGAAUGCACCAAGUUGCCCGAAGCUCAGCAGAGAGUCGGAGGCUGCUUUUUAAACCUGAUGCCACAGAUGAAAACCCUGUACCUCACGUAUUGUGCCAAUCACCCUUCUGCAGUGAACGUCCUCACGGAACACAGUGAGGAGUUGGGGGAGUUCAUGGAGACCAAAGGUGCCAGCAGCCCUGGAAUUCUCGUGCUGACCACGGGCCUGAGCAAACCCUUCAUGCGCCUGGAUAAAUACCCUACGCUGCUCAAAGAGCUCGAGAGACACAUGGAGGAUUAUCAUACAGAUAGACAAGAUAUUCAAAAAUCUAUGGCUGCCUUCAAAAACCUUUCAGCCCAAUGUCAGGAAGUCCGGAAAAGAAAAGAACUUGAGCUGCAGAUCCUGACGGAAUCCAUCCGGAACUGGGAGGGCGAUGACAUUAAAACUCUGGGCAACGUCACUUACAUGUCCCAGGUCCUGAUCCAGUGUGCUGGAAGCGAGGAAAAGAAUGAAAGAUAUCUUCUACUCUUCCCAAAUGUUUUGCUGAUGUUGUCUGCCAGUCCUAGGAUGAGUGGCUUUAUCUAUCAGGGAAAGCUUCCAACGACAGGAAUGACAAUCACAAAGCUUGAGGACAGUGAAAACCAUAGAAAUGCAUUUGAAAUAUCAGGGAGCAUGAUCGAGCGGAUAUUAGUGUCAUGCAACAACCAGCAGGAUCUGCAGGAAUGGGUGGACCACCUACAGAAGCAAACGAAGGUCACAUCUGUGGGAAACCCCACCAUAAAGCCUCAUUCGGUGCCGUCUCAUACCCUGCCCUCCCACCCGGUCACUCCGUCCAGCAAGCACGCAGACAGCAAGCCCGCGCCGCUGACGCCCGCCUACCACACGCUCCCCCACCCCUCCCACCACGGCACCCCGCACACCACCAUCAACUGGGGACCCCUGGAGCCUCCGAAAACACCCAAGCCCUGGAGCCUGAGCUGCCUGCGGCCCGCGCCUCCCCUCCGGCCCUCCGCUGCCCUCUGCUACAAGGAGGAUCUUAGUAAGAGUCCCAAGACCAUGAAAAAGCUGCUGCCCAAGCGCAAACCUGAACGGAAGCCUUCCGAUGAGGAGUUCGCGUCCCGGAAAAGCACAGCUGCUUUGGAAGAAGAUGCUCAGAUUCUGAAAGUCAUCGAAGCUUACUGCACCAGCGCCAAAACAAGGCAAACACUCAAUUCAACAUGGCAAGGCACUGACCUGAUGCAUAAUCACGUCUUGGCUGAUGAUGACCAACCAAGCCUAGACUCCUUGGGUCGUCGCAGUAGCCUUUCUCGUUUGGAGCCUUCAGACCUCUCGGAAGACUCUGACUAUGACAGUAUAUGGACAGCCCAUAGUUACAGAAUGGGUUCUACAUCUCGUAAGAGCUGUUGCUCAUAUAUCUCUCACCAGAACUAAUGCACUUCUGAGCUUUUCUUAACAAAUGCUUGUUGUAUCGCAGCCUGCUUUUCUUAGAUGUUUUCUUGCUGUUCCUUGUCUCUUUUAUGUGAUAUUUUAACAACUUUUGAGAGUGUUCCUGAUAUUUCCCAUUGUACUUUGUGGAGGCUUAACUGCCGAUGCGAGUAUACAUUCGAAUGACUAUUGGAGGGAGGUGGUGUGUUCCCGUGAGCCUACACCCGAGGGUGCUCUUCGUAAGGGGUAGUUGUUGUUUUAUAGCUCCAAAUGUUUUUUUUAUUCUCAGUGUAGCAACUGUUUGAUUGAUUUCUGGGUACAGCUGUAUGAACACUUUCCUAUUUUAUACUGAAAUCACACAGGUUUGCGAUCUAAGUGCCAGAACCAUGGAGGAGACUCUGGCCUUAUCUGUAAGGACCUAAAUUUUUUAAGUACUGUGAACACUGAUGAAGUAGUUGUGGAGAGAUGAGAAGAAUACAUGCAGCAAAGGUGCUGUGAGCCCAGUUCCAACAGCUGUGUUCUGGUAAUUGUGCCAAACAGCAUGUGGGCUCUGGGCCUUGGCAGGUGCACAGACGGGCGGGCGUCACGUGUUCAGAGCUUGUCUCCACCUCACGGCUCUGUGCUCUUCCGUGUGCUGCGUUGUGGCCAUGAAGUGGGAGCUCUCCUUUCCGAAGGCAGAGCUUACUGUCAUGGCUCAGAUGUUCACUCUCAUCGUCACCCCAAACUUCCCUGAAUUGCAAUGAUUUCUGUUAUAUGGCACUUAGCAAGCCUACACCACUCUAUAGUAAAAACUCUACACUAAAAGUUUAAAGCCCAAAAUCUGAAGCAUUCAGCCUCUGCAAGUGUAGACUACUAGACUGUAUCUGGAGAGGCAUUUGGAAUACUUAAAAAGUCAAGUGCUGUGGCUUCAGUUCCCCCGGCUCCCCACCCCAACAUCCAUAUUUAACGUUGUCUGGAAGAGCCAUGGACACAUCAUUGUUUUCAGCAACCAGCUGCAGUGAAACUCCGUUUACAGCAACCCCAUAGUGUAAAACUGCAAUGCUUCAUUGUAAUGGGAUAUCGAAGUUCACUGAAGAAUUACUAGGUUGCCAUGUAGCUCACUUAUUUAAAAAAAAAAAAAAUCUCCCCCAUUUUCCUGGGAUUUGUUGUAAGGAGUUUUCACUGGCCUCACUCAGACCAAUUUCUGCUUCAAAAAGAACUGAAUGUGACCUGUUGCAUUCAGUUGUGGCAUCAAAUCCACAUCUAGUCAUUGCUUGAGGGGCCAAACUCUGUUCUCUCCCAUGCACGCUCUAUUUGGUGUUAAAAUGGAACCUUACGGUUGUGUUUUAAGUAUUCAUUGAAACCAGCUUCAGAAAACAAGAUGCCAUAAGAAAUUGAGAAUAACAUUUUUUCCUCCUUCAGGGUGGCUGUAAUUCCAGGUGGCCGUGAUUUCUUUCCUCCCCCUCCACCCACUCCUUCGCCAAACCCACGUAUUCAGUGUUCUGAUCUUGUUUGUGCAGAGUGAACUCUCUGAGGCAGCAUCAGUCUUGUCCUGGGAGCCGGGUCCUGCUGCUCAAGCCCAGAGCUGCCAGGGAGCUCCUGGCAGUAGCACGCUGUUUAGAAAGUUGGGUGGCUUCAUUCAGCAUGGAACGAGCUAAUGGCACAGGAGUCAUCAGGGCAGCUGUUAAUUCCAAAUAUUUGUCUGUUCCCAAGUAGCUACUGAAGUGCUCAUGCCAUCGGAAGAGUUUGUAUUUUCAUACCAAUUAGUAAACAUAAGAAUGUUGAGGAGCAGUCUUCUAAAAUUAGUCAAAGCCCAGUGUUAAUCUCCGGCAGAGAUAGGGUUUAUAUAUGUUCAGCCAAAUAGUAAAUGGAAUUUUUGGAGAAAUAAGAUAAGUACAAAGUUUCUAUACUUACUGUAAGUGGAUUUAGAGCGAUUUUGGUUUUGUAUUACAUAUGGCAGUCCUCUGAGUCUGGGAGCACCUUUUUGUUUGCCUCAAGACUACUCAUUAGUGCAUUGGCUUAGCUGCCUUUGCCUUCUCGUAGGCAUGGAUUGCCUGUGUCACAGGCUUUGUAGACCACAACACUCAAACACAGUUGCUGCACUCGGAUUUUCCUUUAAUAUCAAGUAUCAUUUGGUUAUCUUACUGGGACAUUUUUAUUGAUAUUCUCUACACUAAAGUUUUCACAUUUACCAUCAUUCCAUUUUGUACCAGUUAAAGGCAUUUUGAUGAUGCUUUUUCUUGAUGCUAAGAUCACUGCAGAAGAAUAACCUGACCUUUUCUUUGCAUUUGUUUUGAAUGUCUAACACCAUUAGCUUUUGUGACCUGGUUAAGAAGUAUUAGUGCCACAAGCCCGAAAAGACAGUUCUCAUGUGGCAGUGGUGAUAUGGCAUCCAGAGGGCCAGUGUUUCUACUUUUGUGGGACUUCAGUCAUGCUGAUAAUAGUAUCUUCUGUUUAUACAAUUCUGUAAUAUUUAUGUGUACAGUUAGUAUUCUAAUGAAGGAAUGAAGAGUCUGAACUAGAAGGUAGGUUUAAGCCAUCACCAGGCCUUUGCAAAUGGCCUAAAUGGUGUUCCCUUUGAAGUAACACUUGCCACAAGUAUAUAAUCUAUAUUAAUUGUGUUUUGCAUAAAAUUGCCAAAACACAGUAAUGUGUAUAUAGUGGUAUAAGAUCUUGAAAAUAAUCUCUAUAAUUGUGCUCUUUAUCUGUGAAUGGGAAAAGCCAUUUUUAGUAGGUGACUACCAUUUGAAAAACUAAAUUGGAUGUAUAUCUGAAUGUUGCAUUGUAUUGUACAGUAUGCAUAUUAUUGUUUGUGGUUGCAUAUGGCAAUGAAGUGUUUGUUUUAUAAAAAAAAAAAAAACCUGUUAUGUACAGUUGAAAUAAAUUUUGCAUUUGCUAGCCCGUGGCUUUUAAUAUUUGUUACAUGGGGGAGGGGAAUAGCAUAGUUUGCAGUUUAAUAUGAUUUGGCUCUUCUACCUGAACGGAGCAUCUUCCAAAGGCAGGCAGGUGAUAGAUAGAACCCUUCUGUCUGCCCUGAUAGAAAAGCUUGCACUCUCUUAAGUCAGCUGUGUUCUGGACGAGACAAAGUCACACCUUGUACGUGUCUUAUUUCAUCUCUUUCCCGUUUCUUAAGCUUUCAGUCACUGGCCGGUUUGUCUUCAGAAAGAAGCAUUAUUUUUUGUUUGUGUGCAUAAAUGGGAAAAAGCACAACUUCAAAAUUGUUUUAUUUAGACUAAGGCCAGUUUUAAAUUUUUGUUUUAUAAAGUGCUUGUCCAGCUAAGAAGAGAGUAAUGAAGCAAAAUAAAGGGAAAGGAAACGAAGCACCUGGUGGCAGGUAUAGUGUUAGGACGAGGUGCAGACAGUAAGCGCAGAACACUCUGUCAGCACAAGAUGGGAGUUUUCCUGAGAAAAGGAAAUUAGACCCUGAGAGCCAUAAAUAACAAAAUGGCCUGGAUGACUUUUGGAGAGAUCUUACUAAGUCGUUUUUCUUUAAGUGUAGUUGUAGUGUGCUCCACGGUGGAUGUUACUCGAUUUUCAGUUGAUUAGAGAUGCAGAUUUUAGAAAAGGUAAUGAAUUUAAGAAGAGGAAUUAUCCUGCCCAUGUCCUAGAUCACUGGUCAGAUAGACAGAUGUUCUUUUCCGAUGAACUUACCCUGUUUCUAGGCGUUUGAUACAGGCAGGCCUGCACACGCAUGCAUGCACACCACGCCGGUGUCUGGACUGGACAGUUGCGCUGCAUUACUCCUGAAGCAGUUAGUUGUGUGUCGUCAGAUAAGCCCCCAGAAUGGUGUCUAACAGCCAAGCAUGGCAGUCGCGAGCCGGCACUCGGGGCCCCAGGGGUUGGUUGAUCACCACUGUGUUGCUGCUGUGGCAAGUCGUCUCGUCUAUGAAAUGGAAAUACUGGAUUAGAUCUGUGUUUCUUAAACGAAGCUCCAUAGUUGUCUGCAGAUGUGUGACUGGGGUGGGGGAGGGUCAGUGUUCUCAGACAUCCCUAAAAUGUUAAGUUUUGUGCUCAUGUUAACACACACGUGGACCAGGCUUCCCUGGAUCACACCUCUUAGUGAGUGUUGCUGUGGGGUCCCAGUGCCUUCUGGGGUCUCCAGUCAUGUGGCGCACAGCAGCCCCUAAGAGUGGAAUGGUUGCUGCAGAAUUUUUCAGCCCGGGGCGGGCAGACACCGAGCAUCUACAGGCACAUUCUUGGGUCCUCGAGUUUGAGAAGUGCUGGAUUGGUGUUAAGUAUAAAUUAUUUCAUUAUAUUCAUGUUUGUCUUAUUCCUACCUCCAUAUGGAAAUAACCAACCAGCUGUUCUGUGUAUGUGGUUAUAGAAACAGACAGAUUAUAAGCUGAUCUAGCACUUCUCAAAAUGUUAGCCACAAAACCACAAGAUGUUAAUAAUGAUGUUUAAAAGAAAAAAAGUUCACUCAAAUGCAUUUCAGAAAUGCUGAAUUAAAGUUAAGCGAGUGUUUUUAUGGCAGACUUCAUCAAAGCCUGUAUUGUGCUAAGGGUGCACUGUGAAUCUCCAAGAAGUAUAGCCCACAACGUUUCCCGAAAUGAUGUGUUGUGGAACCCCUCUCAUUUCCCAGAAACAAAAAAGUUUGGGAAACACAGAUCUUGACUGUGCUAGAACCAUCAUGAAUGUGUUCAUCUAUGUCUGAGCCUCUGUUACGGAUUUUAAAUAAAAUGAGAGAACAUUAUCUGAUAAUUCUGCUGUUAAAUUGUUUUUCCAACCUAGGUAACUCAGGGAAAAAAUGUGCUACGAUGCCGCUAAAAACACUUCAAUAAUUUCUGAGAUAACUUAUUAUAUCUGCUUUCUAAAACAUUGUUCUUUAAAGAAAUAGUCAACUUACAUAAACCUGGCCAGAGAACAUUCCUUUGUUGUUUUUUGAAAGGCAGUAAAAAUUUUUCAAUCAUUUUAGAAAAACUGUAUAUUGAAAACUAGGCAGAUUAUUAGAAUUGCAUGAUUUCUAGGCGUGUUAAUAAUCCUCAUUUACAAGCUGCCUAGUUUGCCAUCAGAUCCAUAAAUGGCAUUUUUCACAUUAGUGCAUUUCAGGAAUCAAGCAGUACAUCCUGUCUGUGAUACGUUUUCCAGCUUACAUUUGUGUAUCACUAAAUCCUUCUCACAUGCUUUAAGUGUAGCUGUAGAAAUAAGACCUGUGCCAUGCAUAUACAGUAAUUGUACCAGUUCUUACAGGCUUAGUUCCUCAAAUUAUGCUACAUAAUGGAAAGACUUUUACCUUUAUGGGUUCAUCUGUUAAAAGAUAUUUACAAAAUACAAUAUUUAAAUCCUCAGAACAGCUCUAGAGAAGCAGAUUUGUUGUGCUUUGUAAGUAAUGAAAUUGAGACUCAGUGCUUAAGUGAUGUGCGCAGGUGAACUUAAAAGACUCACCACUAGGGGCGUCCCAGCUCUGGCUGGAGGCAGUGGACACGUGGCUCAUGGCCUCACAACUCCUGUAAAGUCGACCCUGUGUCUGACCCAUUUCUUUACAAAGUUGACAUUGUUUGUGAUCCUAUUUCAUGUCAUUCGAAAAUGUUAAUGCUGGAAAGAGAUGAUGUAAACAGGUUGUCUAGGAAGCUAGAAGAGACAAAAAUAAUUGAAAUCCAGAAUUUAAUCUGCCUGAUCCGCAGUUACAUGACUUUUUCCUGUGUGUCUCAUUAGCAAAUCCAUUUGAAGAAAUGUGUUGCAAACAACGUGAGACACACAAGUAAUACUUUUGUGAAUCUGACUCUGAAACAGUCAUCACUGUCUGGGCUCAGAGCAGGACAGCUGGAUAACGGGCGGGAACAUCAGUUGACUGAAAUGUGGGAUCUUAUCAGUGGACUUCUCUUUGCAGGGAAGAGUAAGUGGAGCCAUUGGAUUUCUUCACAUGUGGUAUAAAUAUCGGAAUCUUUAUGAGUAUUCUGGAUUUUCUUUCAUUAUUUUCUCUCUUUUAUUUUCCAUGAAAUUCUUUUUCUAUAUCUUUUGGGCAAAUAGCACAUGAAUUAACGUUUUCUGGUAGGAACAAGGGUACCCUUUGCGUUUGUAUGAGAAACACUGGCAGCUUCUCCCCCUGGCUAGCACCGCACGCUCUGCUGUAAUGUCCCUCACACAUCAGUUUCCUUCCUAAGCAGUAUCUUCCUGUGUGGCCCACGUGUCUUCUCAGCAGCAUUACCUGUUAGCCAGGAAGGGCCCACCACCCUCAGGGUCCUCUCCUGUGGCCUCUUGGAGCACAGGCACCUGGAGUGGCAGGAGUCCUUGCAGCCCAAAGGGCCGUCUCCGCCCUUGUCUCCUGGACCUGUGGAGAUUCCUAGGGCUGAUACUACCAGCCUAAUGUUUUUAAAAACGCCUUUCUGAAAUCAUAUCUUGCAGUCCUGUCUGAAUCUUCUGUCUGAAAAGUUAUUCCCGAGACAUAGGUCACUGUGUGUGCAGGUGGGUGGACUGUGACCCAGGGGACGCCUGUGAAGAGCUGGGCCCCUGCUCCUUCCCUCCCUGACAGGGUCAGGUCUGCUGCUGCCAGCUGGUAGCACAGUGGAGGCACAACAGCAUUGAGGGAGAGGGAUGGUCGCCCACUUUAACACAGACACAGGCGUGCCAGCCAUGGCUUGUGACUGCAUUUUAAGUGCUGCAUUUGAUCCUAAGAUCCUGCAGUUAUCCUCAGUUCCCAGUAUCGGUGUGGCGAGUGUCACCUGAAGCUCGUGCCAGGUGACAGAGUGGCACUUGGUUGCUUUCCCCAGGACUUAAUCUUAUGCCUGAGGGGAUGAAGGAGCAGUGUCUUGAUUUUGUUCAGUCCCUGAAUUUCCAGUUUCCCAGGGGUGCCAUUCUGAGGGGGUGGAGCAGGUUUUACACACGCACGAGGGGCAGCACCUGGCCAGUGGCCUCCAGUCCUGGUUCCUGUUGCAGGCUGCUGUGGAGAUAGCGGCGGUGCCCUCGCGUGUCAGGAACGUCUUAGGAGCCAUCUUAAGCUUUGGCAUCAUCCUUAAUCUUGUUCGCUCAGAGGAGCCUAAGCGUGUGGUAAAAUGCAGGUGAAGCCAUUAUUUAAAAUCCCAUCUUCAUAAAACAUUCGUAUGUAUCGAGCUUUCCUGUGACAGUGACGCUGCGUAGCACUGACACGCUUUUAGGAACACACAAAAGGCGAGCCAGAAGAAAGACCCAGCAAGCGCAAGCACCGUGUCCAUAGUUAGCAUGUCUCAAACACGCGUGUCCCUUCACGGAGAAAUGUUUAUCGCAGUACCGCUUACAGGCGUUUGUGUUCUGUGAUAGAGUAUAGCCUUCUGAUUUGCAUCUGGUAUAAUUUUCAAAAAUAUAAAUGAUACACGUUAUACUGUAUGACCUUCAAGAAAAUAUUUUCUUGAAGAAAAGAUUUUCUCCCUGCAUCAUUAAAUACAAUUUGAUUCUUUUCCUCACCUUUUAAAAUGAGUAUUUUGAUUUCCUGAUUUCUAAAGUACGUAUUUUGCAACAUUUAUUGAGGGCCUGUCCCAUAUAAACUCUUGUGCAGGUGUUGGUUAAAUGACACAAAUGUUCCUCUGACAUUGUGAGCAGUUUGCUUUCAUUUAGAAAAAUGUUUAUUUUAUAUUUUAGGAAAUAUAAAGUUUUCAUAAAGGACCAAAUGUUAUUUUUUCUAAACCAUGUGCUAUGAUGCUGUAAUAUCUUGAUUAUUAAAUGUUGCUGUAGAGUAAAAUGUUUGUAUUGCCAGA